AUGAGCCAGGUGUCGUCCGUGGACGUGCGCAGCCGGAUCGAUGCAGGUCGUGAAGCCAAGCCUCGGGAAAAAUGGAGGCGAAAUUUGGAUUUUCUGUUUGCAUGUAUCGGCUUCUCAAUCGGAUUCGGCAACGUCUGGCGAUUUCCUUUCCUCUGUUUCAAAAAUGGCGGAGGUGCAUUUCUGAUCCCCUACUUCAUAAGUUGCUUCCUUGUUGGCAUCCCGAUGUUCUUCCUGGAGGUUAGUGUUGGACAGCUUAUGUCGCGCGGUGGACCAGCGGCCUGGGAGAUCAUCCCUCUGUUCAAGGGUGUGGGUUAUGCCGGAGUUUUUGUCCUCUUCUGUCUGAACUGUUAUUACAAUGUCAUCCUCGCCUGGAUCAUCUUCUAUCUGUUUGCCUCCGUGACAAGUAGUCUUCCCUGGACUACCUGUGACAACUGGUGGAACACAGAGAAUUGUCAUGACUUCACCAAUGGCUUCGCAGACACGAACAGCUCCCUCUACAUGGCGGAUCCAGUCAGCGAAUACUGGGAACACCGUGUCCUAGGACUCUCCGCCGGUAUUGAUACAGUCGGUACGGUGCGUUGGGAACUGGCUCUCUGUCUGCUUGUGACUUGGGCCGUUGUAUUUCUUUGCAUUUUCCAGGGCAUUCAUGAAUCCAGUAAGGUAUGUUCAAUCCUGUCUACUUUGGUGUUCCCCGUUCCUUUCAUUUCAAAGAAGGCAGAAACGCAAAAUACUCUACUUCACCGCACCCUGCCCUAUUAUUCUGAUGCUCAUUCUGCUGAUUCGAACUGCAAUGUUUGGUCAGACGCUGGAACUCAAAUAUUUUUCAGCUAUUCUAUUAGCGUGGGAACCCUGACGGCACUCGGCAGUUAUAACGACUUUCAUCACAAUUCAUUCAGGGAUACGGGAAUAUUUGCCUUCCUGAACACAUGUGUCAGCUUCAUCGCUGGCUGCAUAAUCUUUACGACGUUGGGCUACAUGUCUGAGACCUCUGGAAUCCCAAUAGCUCGGGUCGCCGAAGCGGGACCCGGACUAGCCUUCGUUGCUUAUCCCAAGGCGCUCUCAACGAUGCCUCUGAGUCCCCUGUGGUCCGUGCUCUUCUUCUUGAUACUUCUACUACUUGGGCUUGACAGCCAGGCUGAAAGCCGCAUCGAAUAG